AUGCCUUCUCUGUGGAAGCGGAUAACAUUCUCGGUGGCCUCGGCGCUCUGUAUCGGCUCGGUGGUCCUCUUGGUGGUGGCUUUAUCCACGGAGCGGUGGGUUACCGGGCGGAUCCUCUGUAAAACCGGGGUGGAGAUAGUGAAUGCGUCAAAUCCCGAGCUGGACCAGUUCAUCGGGAGCAUUUAUUACGGAUUGUUCCAGGGAGGAAAGACCAAGAGGUGCGGGCUCGGGGACAGGCGGUCCAAAAUUUACAUUUUCCCAAAGCUUGUGCGGACACUGAACGGGGGCCUCCACAUGAUGGUGAUCCUAUUCCUGCUGGUGGCUGUGGGUUUCGCGCUGGUCAGUCUGUCUUUCUGCAUUUACAACGCACGCAAGGUUCCAUACCAGAGCAUCAAAGGGCACAAGGGACUCUAUCUGUGGAACUUCAUCGCUGCUCUGUUUGGUGCCCUGGGUGUUCUGUGCUUCCUGGCAGCUGUCAGACACCACAGUCUGACCGAGCGAGUGGCAAACUUUAGGGAGCACCUCUUCGUCCUCGUUGUCUUGGAUGACAGUCUGGACUGGUCUUUCUGGCUCGGCGUAGGCAGCAUUGCAACUCACUUUGCUGUCUGUGGAGUGGUCGCGAUGAGUCGUAUCAAGCUGCCCAAACCGGAGAUCAAAAAACCUGAAGAACCGACUGUCUCUGCUGUGGACCUGCUGUACUGA